UGAAAAAGCGAUGAAAGAACGGUAGGAGAAAUAGCUGCCCUGAACCAUAUAAUAUGGAAGCACAUAGGUUACAGAUUGUGAAUGUGAAUGUCUGUUCUUAGAUUACCUGAAACAGUGGGUUUAGGGUUCAAUUCGUUGGUUUUUCACAGCGCCAUUGGAAGUGGUUGGUUUCUUCCACAGAGAGUGAGUACUGCGUAGUAGUAGAAAGAAAGGAUUCGCGAGGUUCUAGUUUCAGAUUCUUGUUAUAUUAUUUAUGGCAACUAUGCGUAGAACUGCGAGAAAUUUUUUGAUUUCCUUUUACCGAACCAUUUCCUCUGCAACUUUUCCACCUCCUCCUGUUGUUUCUUCCCGAAGAGUAGUUGUUACUGGGUUAGGUAUGGUGACUCCUCUUGGUUGUGGAGUGGGCACAACGUGGAAGCGCCUCAUUGAUGGGGAGUGUGGGGUAAGGGCAUUGUCCUUGGAAGACCUCAAGAUGAGUUCUUUUGAUAAGGAAACUCAGUUGAGUGCCUUCGAUCACUUGACAUCCAAAGUUGCUGCUCUUGUUCCUACUGGAACCAAUCCAGGUGAAUUCAACGAUCAAAUCUGGCUUAAUUCUAAGGACCAUCGAUCAAUAGCAAGGUUUAUAGCAUAUGCACUGUGUGCUGCUGAUGAAGCUCUCAAAGAUUCUAAUUGGUGUCCCACUGAGCAGGAAGACAAGCAAAGAACGGGAGUGUCUAUUGGUGGGGGAAUUGGAAGCAUUAGUGACAUUCUAGAUUCUGCUCAACUGAUCUGUGAGAAGCGUCUUCGUCGCCUUAGUCCAUUUUUUAUCCCACGGAUAUUGAUCAAUAUGGCAUCAGGUCAUGUGAGCAUGAAAUAUGGGUUCCAGGGACCAAAUCAUGCUGCAGUAACUGCAUGUGCCACUGGUUCACAUUCUAUUGGUGAUGCAAUGAGAAUGAUUCAAUUUGGGGAUGCAGAUGUUAUGUUGGCUGGAGGCACAGAGUCCAGUAUUGAUGCAUUAUCAAUUGCAGGAUUCUGCAGGUCUCGGGCUCUGUCAACAAAAUAUAAUUCAAGCCCUCUGGAAGCAUCACGGCCAUUUGAUUGUGGUCGAGAUGGGUUUGUGAUAGGUGAAGGUUCUGGAGUCUUGGUCUUGGAGGAAUUUGAGCAUGCAAAAAAUCGAGGAGCCAAUGUCUAUGCAGAGAUUCGUGGCUAUGGGAUGUCAGGUGAUGCAUACCAUAUCACUCAACCUCCUAGUGAUGGUAGAGGUGCCAUUAUGGCUAUGACUCAUGCUUUAAGACAGUCAGGUCUCCAUCCUUCUGAAGUGGAUUACAUAAAUGCACAUGCUACAUCUACACCUUUGGGUGAUACCAUAGAAGGUAAUGCUAUCAAAACCAUGUUCUCUGAUCGAACAAGCUCAUCUGCUUUAGCCUUCUCCUCCACAAAGGGGGCUAUUGGUCAUCUCCUAGGUGCAGCUGGAGCUGUUGAAGCGAUUUUCGCAGUUUUAGCAAUACGACAUGGAAUUGCUCCAUUAACUCUUAAUUUAACUAAGCCAGAUCCUGUCUUCCAUGAUGGUUUCAUGCCAUUGUCUGCUUCAGAAGAAAUGCCAAUUAGAGUAGCUAUGUCAAACUCUUUCGGUUUCGGAGGCACAAAUGCGUCCCUACUUUUUGCUCAUACUGGUUCGGACUGAUAAGAUGGUUACAUCUCAGUCCAUUGGUAUUAGUUGACAAGAGCUGUUUGUGUUAUGCUGAGGAGAGUUUAAUGACCUAAAAGUUCUUGGCAGCAGGCAUGUAAUUGGAGCUCAUGAUCUGUCAUGUACAUUUGAUGCUUCUAGUACUUUCGCAAAUUAGUUUUUGAAUGCUAUUAGCUCGACUAUUUGGAACGCAGCGUGGGUUGUUGAUUGAACAUUCAUAAAACGAAGGAUCUGAUUCCCAGGGUGUUAUCCUAUGUAAAUCUUGAAAAAAAUUGUGGUAAAAUUAAGAAUGUAGAUUUUAUCCUAUGAAAGUUAAAAUUUUUCCACUUAA